AUACCGCGAAACAUAUCUUACGCGAACCGACACUCGCAAUUUUCGAUACUUUGUUCCUUACCCGACACUCGAUACUCAAUACUAAAUAUUAACGCUCAGGCAAUACCAAAAUUGAUUUACCAUGGCAUCUAGCAGAGCACGUCGAGUCGCCAAGGAGUUGGCUGAUAUUGAAGCUGAUGCGAGAAAUUCUGGAAUCACAGCUCAGCCUGCUAACAACAACGGCGACCUCACCCACCUGAAGGCUUGCCUGCCUGGGCCGCCUAGUACGCCAUACGAGGGUGGUCAGUUUAUUGUUGAUGUUAGAAUCCCCAAUGAGUACCCCUUUCGACCACCAGUCAUGAAGUUUGAUACCAAAGUCUGGCAUCCAAACAUCAGCAGUCAGACAGGGGCUAUCUGUCUCGAUACUCUGAGCUCCGCCUGGUCACCCGUUCUCACCAUAAAGUCGACUCUGCUAUCCCUUCAAGGUCUAUUCGAGAGUCCCGAGCCCAAGGAUCCGCAAGAUGCCGAAGUUGCUAGAAUGAUGAUCAACGAUCGAGAAGCCUUUAACAAGAAAGCUCACGAGUGGGCUGUACUUCAUGCCGGCGCACCUCGAAACCCCAACUUCCAAUCAGUCCAGCCUAGAACGCAGGUUGCCCCUCAGCAGGUCGAUGAUAGCAGAUAUCAGGGUUACAACAAAGACCUAAUUAACAGAUUCGUCAACAUGGGCUUUGAUAUCGACAGAGUUGUCGAGGCUUUCCAAUUCGUUGGUAUUGACAGACUUGACGGCCAAGACUACGAGCUGGAAGAGGCAUAUAUGGGUGACAUCACCGCUCGUCUCCUGGGCGAGCCCUAGAGUAAUAACUCGUACAAUACACUAGUCAUGGAGGAGUCCUCGCAUAUUCAGGUACCUAUAUACCUCCUAAGGACUACUUCGAUAGAUGGUCUUAUUC